UCGGAUAAUUAUACGUGAAGUGUGACUUAUCUCGUGGGAAAUAAUAAAUGUUAUAAAUAAUAUUGCGUUAGAAAAACAAUAUACAUAAUCUUAUUACGCAAAAAUUAAAAAGAUUAUCUGGGCUAAUUAUAUCGUCAAUUAUAAUGUUCAUUAUAAUUGAUCGUAAAAAUGAUAAAUCUUAUUGAAAUUACCAAUAUUGUUAUCAAGAUACAUACGUAUUUAAAUUGACUAAAAUCGUGUUUUAACAAGAUCUAUGCUCGAAGAAAAUUGUGUGUAGGACUUUAUGAAGGAUUCUGAUUAAUUCAUAGCGAAGGAUAUAAUGUAUAUCUAACUGACAAGAAAGUAGCCUUGAGAGAUAAGAAUUCGACAAAUUUAUGUCGUAUAUCUUUUAAGUCGCACGUUAGCAUUCUUAGUAAAUAAAAGAUUCCAGGUGAUCGAUGCACGUAUUCAAUUCAAUAUUUCAUUAUGCAAUUUUUCUUAUAAUACUUUUAUAUAAAGUAACCUAAUGGAUAUUGGAAAAUAUUUCUAUUAAAAAUUGUAAUAUAUUUUCAAAAGAAAAAUUCACUUUGGAAAAAUUUCAUAAGCUAUGUGUGCGUCGAAUAAAAAAGAAAAAAAAAAAAAGAAAGAAAAGAAAUGAUUCAGAUAUCAAUAUGGCGGUCGUCAAGUCUGAGAACGUUUUCAUGAAUGCAUACACGUACUCACACUCACGCGUGUGUUUGUGGGCGCGCGCGUGUGUAUGUGUGUGCGUAUCUACAUAGAAGAAAUACAGCGUGCAGCGUCCGCAUGGGAGUUGUGCAAUCGCGACGCGCGUACACGCGACGUAAUACGGAUAUAAUUGUUGAACACGAUUGUAUAAUACGGCUUCGAAUGUGAAUCCAGUCAUUGCCGGAACGUCGUUCCGAUGUCAUGCUCAGUGUUAUUCGUCCCGACAUUUUGUCACAUUCAUCGAAACACGAACUUCGCUAGAGCGUAACCUUCCCAUGAACGGAUUCUUCGAUGUCGAAGAGAAAACAACGUUUGCUACGGGAGAAAAGUUUCACGAAUCUACUCGGAAAUACUUUCUAUAAUUUGUAGGAUACAUACAUACAUACAUACAUACAUACAUAUAUAUAUAUAUAUAUCUACGUGAAGAUUCUUUUCGAGAAAAUUAUUUAAUAUAUUUUUGUAAUUUUUCUUUCUUUUCUUUUUGUGCGCGAAAAAUACGACGAAGUUAUUCGAUGGACUUUAAAUCGAGUGAAUUUUUGAAGUGAUACUUGAUAUGAAAAACGUCUUGGGAUGGAAGAAAAGAUACUUGUGAAACUUGUUUUUUUCUUCCUCUAUUGGAUAAUUGGAUUUCUUUGAAAUUGAAAUGAACGAGGUGCGUCAUGUCUGGACGAGCUUACGAUCAUCAUCGAAAAGCUCGACUUUGAAUUCUUUAAAUAUGAAUAACGAAAAUAAUCGAGUUUCAACUACAACUUGGUAUGACAUACCAGCACCAAUAAUAAUACAUUGUCGUGAUUUUCGUGAGAACGAAGUUGUUAUGAUUAAUGAGAAAAUGGAAGAUCAAAAGUGUCAAAAAGAUAAUGAGAGACCUACGUCAGUUUCCUCGAUCGUUUCGAAUGACAAAAUUCACGUCGAAGAAGCAUUGUACGAAAACAAUAUGGAUAUGGUUAUACACGAGAACUCGAAAGAUAUUAAAGAUGAAUCGAGAUUAUUAAAGAUUAUCUCUAACGAUUUGAAAACUACCGUAGAAACAUCGUUGGAGGAUAAAAAUAAGAUACACAGUAGUAGCGUUGAAUUAAUGGCAACGACUUUUGUGAAAACCGACGAGCAUGGAAUGCCAACGAUAAGUUUCAGCUUUCUUCAAGGUGAUGAAUUACUUGAAAGGAAUACUCAAGAGAUAGAUGAAAUUUCAUUGGAAGAUAAAAAUGAUAAUAUCGAGGAAUCGACUCUGGAUCGAUUGUAUGAUUUUCCUAAAAAAUCUUCUAAUAUCGAUAAUGAUAACGAAACGUUGACAAAGGAGAACGAACGUAAGAUCGAAGAAAAUUCUGAUAAUGCAAUUGCCGAAUUAUAUGAUAAACCGAAAAGAUUGUCCAGUAAAAACUUAAUUGACGUUGCGAAAAAAUCGGAUAACGAUGUAACCGAUAAGGAGAUUAUUAUUAUCGAAAGAAAAUUUACUCGUACAGCGAACAGAUCACAUGGAUCAUCCGUUAGAUCCUUGAAAUUGAGAAAACAUCAGAAGACUUCUGAAAGUGAUACAGGAAUUACUUCGACGUCUGGUUGUUAUUCGGAUCCUGAAUGCUCGAAUGAUACUGCGUCUAAUGUAUCACAUAGUCGUAUUAGAUCAGAGAAACGUAAGUUGGGUAAGGCUUGGGGUAAAAUGAGGAGUUGGUUAAGAGACGAGAAGAGUAAGCUCAGUGAAGUUAUUCAGCGACACGCUCGAAUGCAAAACGUCGGUGCGAUGAUCACUGACCUUAACGAUGAUCAUGAUUUGUCUUUCAAGGACACUAAGUUGAGCAAGGGCAAGAGAUAUGCUUCUUAUGAUUUAACAAAAGCACGAACCCAAGAAUUAGGUUCUAUAACGAGAGUCGAAGAGUUUGGUUUAUCUACGAUAACGAAGGAGACCAAUGACGAACAUGAUAAUAGUUCAUCGAAUGUAAACAGACGUUCGAAUUCAGGCUCACCAAACUUAGAUAAUAGAAUUUUCAUCGAUGAUAUCAAUCCGGAAGAUAAGAUGUUUGCAAAUAGAAGGACCGCAUUUUGUAAGACCGCUAGCUCGGAUGAUAUCCUUGGUAAUGGAAAGAGGAAUUCGCUUCUACCUGUCUCGUUCAGCAUGGACAAACUCUGUUCCGAUACGGAGAAUGAUGAGACUUGUGUUGCUAGUGCCGAGCUCGAAACGACAAGGGAUCGAGCUGGGAAAGGCGGCAUGAUUAAGAGGAGAAUGUUGGGGUCAAUCAGAGGGUUAAUGGCCUCCACUCAUCUCUUACAGACGACCAACGAUAUUCACGAAGAGGGCGGCCAAAGUGGAUUCGAAGAUAUUCGAAGAUAUGUUAAACAAGGUGGAGAUUUUUGCAAAGAGUUGGCUUCGAUUCUUCAUGAAAGGGCUGAACUGGAAGCUACGUAUGCUAAAGGGCUAAGUAAAUUGAGCAGUAAAUUAACUAAGGCUUGUUCCAAAGAUCAAAGUGGAAACAGCAAUGGAGGUGUGAACGAGGCAUGGAGGUGUGUCGGAGAAGAAAUGGAAGCUGCUGCUGAAGCCCACAGAGUAUGGGGCAUUGCGUUAGGCGAACAAUUAGCAAAACCGUUGAGAGUGGGCGUAGCAGAGGCUCAAGGUCGUUCGAGAAAAUCAAUUGAAAAUUCUGUGGACAAAGCUUUAAAGUCUCUACAGGAAUGGCGUAAUAUUGCUUCAAAGACCAAGAAGCAAAGUUUUGCUUGUGCAAGAGAGAACGAAAGGCUGCAGGAUUUGGCAAGAUUGCAAUCUAUCAGUCAAAGCCAACAAAAUAAUAAUAAAUCAUCUAAUCAUCAUAUGACGGAAAAAGAAGCGAAUAAAUUAGAAGCUAGGAGACGAAAAGCUGAAGAUUCUUCUCGUAGAGCUGAUACAGAAUUUUACACUGUAAGCGUAAGAGCUGAAAGAGCUAGAUUGGAAUAUGAAAGUACAGUAAAAAAAGGAUCUAAACAAAUGGAACUCCUUGAAGAAGAACGUUUGAGUGCUUUGAAAGAUCUUGCCAAUGUUUAUUUGGCACAUUUGCAAGCACUUGCUCCUCGUCUACAGCAGAGUGCUGAUCGUUUAUCUACACCCAUACGGAAUUGUAAUGUAUCUCAGGAUGUGGAAAUUUUGAAGAAUCUUAUACGUAGAACAGAAAGUAAUGAUACAGUCAAUGCAGAACAAUUACUUCCAGAUUUUUAUGCGGAACAUAUAACGUUAGCAAUGAACAGAGAACGACGAAAACAAUCAUUAGUUAGAAUAUUGCAUUUAAUAAGACAAGAUCUAGAAAGAGAAAGGCGAGGAAGAGAAGGAUUGGAAACUUUACAUAGAGCUUUUAUCAAGACACCUGCAUUCGCAGCUGAUGAAAGUACACAAAAUGUUACAGACAAAUUACAUCAUAUGCGUUCUAUGCUACUAUAUUUGGAAGCUGCAAGAUAUAAGGUUGGUGGGACAUUAGCAGAAGUUGAAGGUAGCAAAAGGAACAAGCAUCCUUUAGCAGAACACAUAUUAGUUUCUAGAGAUAAACAAGGACUUCAGCAAAGUGUUCUCAAGAUUCCUUCUUGGGCAAGGAAUGAAUCUUUUGAGAUACAAGAUAUUGAUGACGAAAUAGAUGUACAUUUAGUAAAAGGACAUGAAACUGAGAACCGAGACUGGGCGGAUAGAACGGCUGGUGAUGGUAAUUCAGAAAAUCCACCGGAUGAAGAAGAUUUUAGUGAUUUUGAUGAAUUCAGUAGUCAUUCAGAAGACAAUAAUAAUCAAGACGUUGAUGUUACGGUUGUAACACCUAAGUCAGAUAGUGCGGAACAGUGCAGGGCAAUAUAUCAUUAUGCUGCAAAUCUUAAUGACGAAUUAAGUCUGAAUCCUGGUGACUUAAUAACUGUUCAUCAAAAACAAGCAGAUGGCUGGUGGAUAGGUGAAUGCAAAGGACGAACUGGUAUAUUUCCUGCUACAUAUGUCCAAGUAAUACAUUAAAGGGUAUUAUCUAUCACACAAUGUAUUUUGAUGAUUUUUUUUUUAUCAAAUACCAAGGAACAAAGUGCCAAUGAUUAAAAAUUAAAACGGCGAUGUAAACGCACAAAACACGUGAUUAAACCAUAAUUAGCUCAACAUAUAAAAUUAUAUUAAUGUUACCAACCAUGUUAUUAGAAUAUAACAGGUACUUAUGCUGUAACAAUUGUUAGUGUCCUUAUGCAAUUUGUUUUCUUUACAUUUAUCAUAAUAUAAUUUAAAUGAUUUUAUAGCGCUAUGAGCUAACUGGUUAAAUCCUUUGUCAUUAGAAAUUGUAUAUAAAAUAAUAUAAAUGUUGCCAAUUGUAAAUAUUAGUCAAAAAAUAAUUUAAAUGCGAUACGUACAAGUAUAAACGCUAUAUAUAAAUAGUAUUUUUAAGAUAAAAAAGCAUUUAUUUACGAAAAUAAUAUCUGUAUAUAUGUUAUGACCUUUUCAUUGUUUCUCAUUAUUCACGAUGCCCCUAUUAUGGACUUUGUCCGUAACAUAUAUAAUAAAAUUAUGUAUUUCUCUCUCUC